UACUGGGGUCGAACCCUGAUCGUUAUCCCCAUCAUCGCGUCCAUCGUGAUGACUCUGUUCUUCCUCCUCCGGCUAUACAGCCGCCGCUUGACGGCCCGGAAGAUGGACAUCGACGACAUCUUCAUGGGUCUUGGACUUCUCUUUUCUUACGGUGUCACCAUCUGCACCGCUAUGGCCGGAUACAACGGUGUCAGCUAUGACAUUUGGUCCCUCUCCCCAUCCACCAGACAAAGAGCCACUCUUCUCUUCUGGAUUUCCCAGAAAUUGUGGCCGCUCUCGCAAGUCUUCGUUAAGCUAUCCAUCAUCAUCCUCUUCCGGAAGCUCCUCGGGUCGGUUCGGCACUGGCGCAACAUCACCACCGCACUCAUUGCCUUGACCAUUGGUUGGGGCAUCGCUGCCAUGGCAGGGAAUGUCCUGCAGUGCUGGCCGCCGCAGUUCUUUUGGCGGAAGGAGAUCGACGGGAGCUGUAUGGGCGGACAAGAAGCUUUCCAUAUCGUCAUCGGAUCGCUUUCAUUGGUCGAGAACUUCGCCUUGGUGCUGAUGCCCGUCGUGGCCGUUUGGAGGUUGAAGUUGACGCCCCGGCAGAAGGUGAAACUGACUGUGCUGUUUGGGGUUGGAGGGCUAGCAUGUGUGGUGGGCAUUCUGCGGUUGAUCACUUUCAAGGACUAUAUGGCCAUGAAUCUGACCUCGAGCGGCUGUCCGGAGGCCGUCUGGUCUAUCAUCGAACUCGACCUCGGCAUCAUCUGCGCGUCUCUCAUCCUGAUGCGACCGCUCCUC